AUGCUUCUCACUUCGACUGGGUUAAGUAAAUGGUUAAAAUCUCCGGAACGAACGACCAUACAUACUCCAGACCUUUCCUACUUCCCUUGGGCCGUCGUUGAGAUGAAAAGAAACACUGAAGUCUCAGAAGCCUUUAUUGGAAGGUGUUAUUUCCAAGCCACUCACCCUGCAGCCACAGCACUUGCAUUCGAAACACAGCUACUUAAGAAGAGUUUCGGAUAUCCUUUCCCAGAAGUGCCACCUGUAAUUGCUUUCACGUGCAUUGGGCUAAGGGUUAAGGUCUGGCUCGCGUAUCAAACAACAGCAGGCAUAUUUGUGCCCCAACUGCGAUCUGUAGCAAAUAUCGCCGCCUUCUGUGUGAUCCUUUUGAAUAUGCACCUGUGGGCAUCACGGAUCCUCAAACCUAAAAUUCAAGCUUGGAUUUUCCAAGCCUUCAGGAAGCUUCCACUAAGCACCCUAGGGACUCAGAAUACCCCUAUUUCUCUUUCCAGUCGUUCGCAGACAUAUGACCCAAGCUCCUCCAACUUCAUAUAUCAGGCAUUUGAUUGGGCAACUGUAUUGAUCGCUUGCCAGCCUCUCAGAAAAACAACCCUUUCAAUUUUUCUCAAAGAGGUUUUCCGGCAAGCUCGAAAACACCUCAACCUGCUCAACACCCUGCUUCCACCUCAUCAACUCGGCCGCAUCCAUAAAUCACUCAGCAGUACCAUGGAAUCUGCCUAUCUCUACAGACACGAAGGGGCACCCUGGAGACCAAGCUGCGGUUCAGCAUAUAUCGAUACGAUGGCUAGAGCACUUGAGUCUGGUGAAAAAGAAGACUCUGUUGGUGACAGCUCUUGUGAAUUCGAGAGCGAUGAACAAGACGGCGGAAGAUUGCAGGAUUCAGAAGAUGAUUUAGACAGUAGUGAAACGGAUAGCGAGAGUGGAGAGAAGCUAGAGGAUUCAGAGUUCGAGUCAGGGGAUGAGAGUGAAGAUGAAUCAGACAAGAAUUCAGAAUUUGAAGAGGACAGAAAGAUCACGGGACAACAUCUACAUGUUUCGGAAGAAGAUAUCGCUGGAAUGCUGAUCUUCAAGGAACUCUUUCCCGUCUCACUUGGAUGGACGGUGCAUAACGAUUUUGAAGAUAAUGACAUGCUGAAUAAUUUACUUACCCACCUAAACAACUUCCUUAAACCAAACUUAAAAAUCAACCCGGGGGUAUUCCAUGACCGGAACGCAUAUUCUCGUAUCUCCAAGGGCCUGGAAAGCAUAGAGAAUGGCGAGAAUCCUAACCAGGACACGUUUGGGUAUAUGUGUGUGGAGAUACUCUCCCCUGGAUUCUGGAAACUCACUGCAGAAGAAAUCAAAAGGAUGGAAGAUGAUGCUUUCAUUAAAUUCAAUACAGAAGACCAAAAUUCGGACCUGCUCAGAUAG